UAAAUGCAGAAAUGGGAAAACUUGGCGGGAAAAGAGAACCAACAUACCAUGCACUUUGCAAGUCCUCAAGUUCCAAGCGAGCGAAACCUAAACAAGUACGUGUUGUAUGUGUUGGACAAAUGCAAUCAUCUCAAGCAGCUCCAGGCCUUCCUUCUAACCCUUGGCCAUGGCCAUACUCCAUUCUAUGCUUUCAAGCUUGUUCGCUUUUGCGCUGUCACCAUUGCCGACUUCGACUAUGCUCGUUUCAUUUUCGAUCACGUUCAUUCCCCCAAUGUCUACCUCUAUACGGCCAUGAUUACGGCCUACGCUUCCAAGCCCGAUCACAGGUCGGCAAUUCUCUUGUUCCGAACUAUGAUCCGUCGUGGUCGCUCUAAGCCCAAUCAUUUCAUCUAUCCCCAAGUCUUAAAAUCUUCUUCGGAGAUCUCUGAAACACAGGGGACUAAAUCAAUACAUUCCCAGAUUUUGAGAUCGGGUUUUGGUGGGUACCCAAUUGUGCAAACUGCUUUGCUUGACUCUUAUUCAAGGUUAUGCUUGGACCUUGGCGCCGCGCGGGAGUUGUUCGACAAAAUGAGUGAACGAAAUGUCGUGUCUUGGACGGCUAUGAUUUCAGCGUACGCACGGCUUGGACAGAUUGGAAACGCUAUUUUGCUUUUCGAAGAUAUGCCUGAGAGAGAUAUUCCAUCUUGGAAUGCUGUAAUAGCCGGGUGCACUCAGAAUGGUCUGUUUACAGAGGCCAUCUCGCUCUUAAGAAGAAUGAUUGUUCUUGCAGGUUGGGACGAGAGACCAAAUCAGGUUACUGUUGUGUGCGCACUGUCGGCUUGUGGUCAUUUGGGCAUGCUUCAGCUAGGUAAAUGGAUUCAUGGAUACAUCUAUAGGAACCACCUUGGCCCCAAUUCCUUUGUCUCAAAUGGUCUUGUGGAUAUGUAUGGUAAAUGUGGGAGUUUAAAGGAAGCAAGAAGGGUUUUUGAUGAGACAUCAGACAGAAGCUUGACUUCUUGGAAUUCCAUGAUCAAUUCCCUUGCACUCCAUGGGCAAAGUGAAAGUGCAAUUGCUGUGUUUGAGGAGAUGAUUGAUUGUGGAGGUGUAGUUCACCCAGACGGUAUCACCUUUGUUGGUUUGUUGAAUGCUUGUACUCAUGGUGGAUUGGUGGAGGAAGGUUGUAAUUAUUUCAUUUCCAUGACUCGGGAUUAUGGAAUUGAGCCUCAAAUUGAGCACUAUGGAUGUGUGAUAGACCUUCUUGGUCGAGCUGGUCGCUUCAAAGAAGCCAUGGAAGUUAUCAGAAGAAUGAAUAUUGAACCUGAUGAAGUUGUUUGGGGUUCUUUGGUUAAUGGUUGUAAGAUCCAUCGUUGUAUGGAUUUGGCUGAAUUUGCAAUACAAAGAUUGAUCGAUAUUGAUCCACAUAAUGCAGGUUAUGUAAUGUUGGCCAAUAUUUAUGGUGAGUCAGGGAAUUGGGAAGAGAUGAGGAAAGUGAGGAAGAUGUUGCAAGAAAAGGGUGUAGCAAAAAUGCCUGGAUGCAGCUGGAUUGAGAUUGAUAACAAAGUCCAUCAGUUUUACUCUGCUGAUAAGAUGCAUCCUGGAACAGAGGAAAUAUACAGAAUUUUGGAAAGUUUGGUUAAUUUGUAUUAGUUUGGAAUGACAGCGAUAACCCUCACCAUUACUAGGUUGGCCAUUGUGACACGGAGCUCAAUUUCUAAGACAAAUGUAUGCUUCAAAAUCUCGUGCAGAAGAAUACUUUUCAGGUUCACCUUUCAACUAGAUUCCAGCUGAAGUUGCUGUUCCACAUAUUCAAUUCCUUUAGAAAGGGAAAAUUUUCUUUUCCCCCAGUUGUAUAUUGCAAAUCUAUGAUUACCUUGUAGAAUUGCGAAGAUUUGAGGGAAGGAUAUG